AUGACGUCAGGCACAGAAGCAGUAGACACUGCCUGUAAGAUCGCCAGACGGUGGGGAAUUAAUCAAAAGGGAAUUUCCCCACAAGAAUGCAUGAUCCUUGGCGUUGGGGGCUGCUAUCACGGACUCGCCUCAGGUGUCUGGAGUUUGAUGAACGGACACUCACUGAAGGUCAAAAGGUAUGGCCUUGACAGCAGAAUUCAGAUGAAUACAAACCCACGCACGGGUGAAGUGCUGGAGUAUCUCAACCUGGACAAGAUGAGAGCUUGUCUGGAGGAGUAUAAAGAUCGCGUGGCGGCUGUUAUCAUGGAGUGCAUUCACGGACAUAGUCGGGAUGUGAAUGAGGAGAUUAGCUACGCCCGAGGUGUUUAUGAUCUCUGCAAAUCCAUGAAUAUCCUUUUCAUUGCGGACGAGGUGCGGCAAAGCGUUGGAAAAACGGGAAAGUUUUUCAGUUUCCAACACUUAGGUCCCAAUGUGAAACCAGGCAUUGUGACAAUGGGAAAAUCUAUUACUGGCGGUUUUUACCCCCAAUCGUUUAUUAUGGGCGUGGCCACAGUGAUGGCAUCUGUCGGGCCAUGCGAGAUGGCCAGCACCUAUGGCUUCACUCCAUUAGGAAUCGCGGCCGCAAACGCGACCAUCGACGUUAUCGACAGAGAAAAUCUGAUCGAACGAGCCGUCUCUUUAGGAGAUCUGUGGAGGAAAACCGUCCAAUCUUGGAACCAUCCUCUUGUAGACUAUGUUGCACAGGUCGGCGCCGACUCUAACUUGAUCCUUCGGGAAGUGCAACCCUCCCGGGUAGUAGCCUUGUGUAUGCAUCGAGGCUUAUUCGUGUAUCCUAAGCCAGACGGGAUACGAUUGAGCUUCGCUAUGACCAUGUCGAAUGAACUGCUGCUGGAAGGGGCAGAGAUUCUCAAAAGCUGUCUGGAUGAUGUAGGCAAAUAUGGACUAAUUGAGGGGGAGUGA